AUGAUGCAAUCAGAAUCCUUCAAUAAUAAUGCACAGCUAACAGGUUGUGGAGCUAGUUGGCUAUGCAAUCCAAGAAGACGAUUUCACCGUUAUGUCGCCUUAUUCUUCAUAUGUUUUCUAACCUUUGGAAGUUACUUUUGUUAUGAUAAUCCUUCAGCACUUCAAGAUGUUAUGCUAAGUUCUUUAGGAAUGUCAAAAGUUCAAUUUAUGAAUUUGUAUGCCUUCUAUUCAUGGCCAAAUGUUUUCCUAAGUUUUGUUGGUGGUUACCUAGUUGAUCGAGUAUUUGGUAUUUCAUUAGGAAGUAUUAUUUUCUCCUUGUUUGUUUUUGUCGGACAAAUUAUAUUUGGUAUUGGUGCGUAUUAUUCAAGUAUUCCUGCAAUGUAUUUUGCAAGACUGAUCUUUGGUAUCGGCGGGGAAUCGUUGGCUGUAACACAGAAUACAUAUUUAACUCAAUGGUUUCCACCGAAUGAAUUGACUUUGGUAUUUGGACUUCAAUUGAGUAUGUCACGUGUUGGAUCCACUAUAAAUAUGGUAACUAUGCAACAACUUAAUCGUGCUGUUGGAAAACACUUCAAUAUACACACAAAUCAACAACUGGGUGCAUCUUUAUUAAUAGCAGCUGUUACUUGCUUAUAUUCUCUUGUCUGUGCUAUAAUUAUGCUAUUUUUGACAAGAAGAGCUAAACGCAUUUUAGGCGUUACUGGAGAAUCUCUACACGAAAAACUUCUUCAGACUAACUCGAAUGCCUCUAGACGUAUUGAUAAUGAUGAACAGGGCGUGGAACAAUCAUCUGCUGUUGUCAAUAAAGAAAAUCAUGAGAAAAUAUCACUUCAGGAUAUUAUACACUUUCCUGGUGGUAUUUGGCUUAUUUGUAUAAUUUGUGUAGCUUAUUAUGUUACAGUAUUCCCGUUUGUCAGUCUUGGUCUGGUAUUUUUUGAAAGAAAAUUUGGUUUAUCUGUUCAAGACGCUGGUAUUGUCAAUAGCCUAGUCUAUAUUGUAUCGGCUGUGGCAAGUCCUGUAUUCGGUUCAGCUAUCGACUUUAUUGGUUAUAAUGUCUACUGGUUAUUUAGUGGUAUUAUUGUCACUAUGCUGUGUCAUAUAUGCUUUGCAUUCACUACUGGUCAAAUCCCACCGAUAGCUAUCAUGAUAAUCAUGGGCUUCGCGUAUUCAAUUCUAGCGAGUAGUCUAUGGCCAAUGGUUGCCUUUAUUCUACCAUUGCAUCAAAGAGGCACAGCCUAUGGGUUGAUUCAAUCGGUGCAGAAUUUAGGACUUGGCGUGAUCUCUAUAUUUGCUGGAUAUUUAGUCGAUACAAAGGGUUAUUUAUUCCUUGAAGUAUUCUUCACCUUCUGCUUAUCCAUCGCUAUCGCCUCGGCAUUCGGUUUAUUAAUCUGGGAUCAACGAUAUCUUGAUGGUGCACUGAACGAGUCAGGUGCUAGUAGACGAUCAAAAACUGCUGCAGAAAUAGCUGAUAAUAUAAGUCGUGCAUCUUUGGAGCCAGUUAUUGCAUAA